GAGGGCCUUCGCUCGGGAACUUGCCUUGUGCUCUGCGUGCCGCCUGGAUACUCGGCCACGCAGCCGCGGUUCACAGGUAUUCCCAUUUCACAGAUGGGGAACUGAGGCUGGGAACGCCAGCGGAGCCUCGGAGGCGCCGUGGGACAAGAGGGACGCGGGCUGAGCGCGUUGGCGCCCUCUCGGCUCUCGCCUGGCCCUUCCCCAGCUGCCUGCCUGAAGGCUUGUGGGGAAUCCCCGCUUCUGCUCUCCUCUCCUCUCCUGACCCCUCGGCACUGGAGCCAUGAACACAACCCAAGGCACAGUCGGCAGUGAUCCGGUCAUCCUGGCCACCGCUGGGUAUGACCACACGGUCCGCUUCUGGCAGGCCCACAGCGGGAUCUGCACCCGCACCGUCCAGCACCAAGAUUCUCAGGUCAAUGCACUGGAGAUCACCCCGGACCGCACCAUGAUAGCAGCUGCAGGCUAUCAGCACAUCCGAAUGUACGACUUGAACUCCAACAACCCCAAUCCCGUUAUCAACUACGAUGGGGUAAGCAAGAACAUGACCUCCGUUGGCUUCCACGAAGAUGGCCGAUGGAUGUACACAGGUGGUGAAGACUGCAUGGCCCGUAUCUGGGACCUCAGGUCACGCAACCUCCAGUGCCAGCGCAUUUUCCAAGUGAACGCGCCCAUCAGCUGUGUUUGCCUGCACCCCAACCAGGCGGAGCUGAUCGUUGGGGACCAGAGUGGGGCCAUUCACAUCUGGGACCUGAAGACCGACCACAACGAGCAGCUCAUUCCAGAGCCGGAGGUCUCCGUCAACUCUGUGCACAUCGACCCCGACGCCAGCUACAUGGCUGCCGUCAACAGCUCUGGCAACUGCUACGUGUGGAAUCUCACGGGUGGCAUUGGAGAUGAGGUGACCCAGCUUAUCCCCAAGACCAAGAUCCCUGCACACAACCGCUACGCUCUCCGGUGCAAAUUCAGCCCAGAUUCCACGCUUCUGGCGACUUGCUCCGCAGACCAGACCUGCAAGAUCUGGAGAACAUCCAACUUCUCUCUCAUGACGGAGCUGAGCAUCAAGAGCAACAACCCCGGUGAGACGUCCCGUGGCUGGAUGUGGGACUGCGCCUUUUCAGGCGAUUCUCAGUACAUUGUCACAGCUUCUUCGGACAAUUUGGCCAGGCUUUGGUGUGUGGAAACGGGCGAGAUCAAGAGGGAGUACAGCGGGCACCAGAAGGCUGUCGUCUGCCUCGCGUUCAACGACAGUGUGUUGGGGUGAAGGCAAGACUGCGGAGGCCGCAGUGGCUUGAGCGUGCCGGUGACUUGCACCAUGCCCCCGGCCACAGGGGAGGCGUGCAGCAGCUGCAGGCGUGGGGGAUGCUGGCUGGCCAGGGGAGUGCGGAGGUCUGCCCCCGUCCUCUGUGGGAGGUCUGCAAGCGGCCCGUCACUCGUGGAGAAACGGGCUCCCUUGGAGGACCCGCACGCCCCGCCCCUUCACUUAAGCCGUUCUGGCCCCUUCCUUGAUCCGCUUUGCCGACGUGGUGUUUCACCUCGGCUCCACAUUGCGCCUCCCACUAAGAACAAGGGACGGGGCUGCAGCGGGAGGUUGGUUGCGUGCCCCCGCAGAGGUGGGCUGCCUGCUGCCGGCGGGCAAGCGUGCACCCCGCGACCUGCCUUCCCAGCCGCCGCCUCCCACACUGCUGGCCGCACGCCACAGGCUGGACAGGUCUGGGACAGGAGGGAAAAGCCGCCCUUCCCGAGAGGCCCUUCAGCCGCCACCCUUCGCGGAGUCAGAAGUAAUGGAGCGCUCCCUGCGGCAUUCGUGAUCUGCAGGUGCCACAAGGUGUUGCCGGUUUUGCUGCAAGGCUGGGCUUCCCCGCAGCCCGUGCUUCAUCCUGGCUCACAGGAGUGCUGCGGAAGGGCCCCGGAAGCUCGUCGCCGGGGCAGAUGCACAGCGAGUCUCGUAAGCAGCUGCAGGAGCUCUUGGUUUCUCUCGCUGACGCCCAACACACCACUUCCAUCAGUCCUCAUUCUCUGCUUUUAUUUGGUAUCACAUCAGGACAACUAGUCUUGUACAAAAUGGUUAGAAAAAAUUGUUUUACACCGUGCUUGUAUGUGUCAGACUCAACCGAAAGUUCAUGCAACUA